AUGCAUACAGACCCUACAACACCUACGGUGCUCACCAUCGCUGGCUCUGACCCCAGCGGCGGAGCAGGCAUCGAAGCCGAUAUAAAAACUAUCACAGCUCACGGAUGCUACGCAAUGACAUGCAUUACCGCCAUCACCGUCCAGACACCGCGUGCCGUGCACGCGGUGUCCGCAACACCCCCGGACACAAUCGCUCACAUCCUGCAAGCCAUAAUGUCCGACAUGAGAGUCGACGUCAUCAAAACUGGAAUGCUCACACCAGCCGCCACCCAAACACUGCUGCACAUCCUGGACGACUUCCAAUUCAAGGGGCAGCUGGUCGUCGACCCCGUCAUGACGGCUACGUCAGGAGCCGUGCUCUUCGCAAGCAGCAGAGACCCACACUUGCUCCACCUGUUGAAACGAGCCACCUUGGUUACACCCAACAUCCCGGAGGCUCUCGCACUGCUCGGAAGAGAUGAAACACAGCAAGUAUCCUCCGUACAAGAAAUGGAACACAUUGCGAAACAGCUACUGGUUGCAACAGAAGCCCCAAACAUCUUACUUAAGGGAGGCCAUUGUCCGCUGGACAAGCCGCCGGACAGCAAUUCCGCUUCGGAGCUGCAGCAACGGCGCGUAGCAGAUAUAUUGGUAACGGCCAGCGGAGACGGUACGAAGGUGUUUGAAUCGCGGUGGAUAAAAACGAAAAACACACAUGGCACCGGAUGCACGUUAGCCUCGGCUAUAGCCAGCAACCUCGCCUGCGGCGAUGUACUGGAGUCCGCCGUGCGCGGCGGACUCCAGUACGUGCAAACCACAAUCGAGCUAGAACCGUGGUUGGCGGUGACAAAAGUACGCGAGAACGGUCCGGUCAAUCACAUGUACCAUGUGACACGGCCCAGGCCUGGGCCUGGGCUCCUGGCUGCUGCUGCUGCGCAGCAGCAGCAGCAGCCAGGAGCCGCCGGUAGCCGCCGGUAG